GUGGAUGUGUCAGGGCAGGCAAUAUUAAAGAUGGCGGACUAGCGUUCAGUAAAGCGUUUGCUAGCUCGGAAAGCCGGUUGUUGGUUUGUUUUUGAAGUAUAAAUUUGCUUUAGCGAGUUUUUGGAGUUUGGUAUACGGAUGUAAAAGUGUAUUCUUUGUAUCUGGGUUAGUUUCUACUUAUUUUAGAUGCAUAAAAUGGAGGAAUAUGUGUGACUAUGUAUGUAGCUUGUGAAUUAGCUAGACUAGCGGUGCAGUGAUAUGAGAUCCGGGUAACGCUAAUCCGGGAGUUCAUGUUAAUCCACUCAGCUGUGGCAAUCUGCCUGGCUGUUUCACUCCCCAAAAUGAACUAGAUAUCACUGAAAUAUUCAUGUGUAUUACAUAUUCGAGGCAUGAAUAAUUCUAAAACUGGUGUGAAGCUGAAAUAAUAAGUCUGCUGUGAUUUUCAAACCUGAGAAAAUGGAGCUCAAUUUAAAACAUGUUGAUUACCUGCAGGUUGGAGUGACUUCUCCAAAAACAAUGAAACUCUUACCUGCGGUGGGUCGUAAAGCAACGCAAAAGGUUGCUGUUGCCGAUCAUGAUGGUGUGGUCAACUGUUUCGGGAUGAAAAAAGGAGAGGCGGUUCCCGUUUUCCGAAGUCUCCCAGGACAGAAGAUCUCCAGGCUGGAGCUGGGAGGUGCAUUAGGAACACCACAGGAGAAGAUCUUUGUGUGCUUGGGUUCUGAGGUUAGGGGUUACACCAAAAAGGGCAAACCGUUCCUUACUUUUGAGGCCAAUCUGACAGAGAGCAUCAAUACCAUGCGUGUUUCCGGGGCGGACCUUUUUGUCUGUGCCAGCUACGUUUACAACCACUACUGUGACUGCAAAGACCAGGACUAUUUUCUGUCAGGGGACAAGAUCAACGACAUGGUGUGUUUACCAGUCGAGACGGUGGGACGUACGGUGCCUGUUCUGGCGUGCCAGGACCGAGUACUGCGCAUAUUACAGGGUUCAGAACUGCUCUUUGAUUUUGAGAUUUCUGGCCCACCUUCUGUUCUGGAGCUUCACAACAGAGAUGGAGGUAAGGAUGGAGAGGAAGUGCUUUACGGAACGACUGAUGGCAAACUGGGUCUAGUGCAGUUAACCCGUUCAGCUCCCGUCCCUAAGUGGGAGGUGGACAAUGAGAAGAAAAAAGGAGGCGUGCUGUGUAUCGAUACAUUCGACAUCCUGGGUGACGGAGUAAAAGACAUCCUGGUUGGGAGGGAUGAUGGGACGGUCGAGGUCUACGGACUGGACAGCUCCAACGAACCCACACUGCGUUUUGAGAACGUAUUGACUGAAAGUGUUACAUCGGUCCAGGGAGGGUGUGUAGGAAAGGAGUCACAUGAUGAGAUUGUCACGACAACAUACACAGGUUGGGUAUCGGGUCUCACAACAGAGCCUCAGCACAUGGAGGCAGGCCCAGGGGACGAGGUGAAGAUGAGUCGAGAGACUCAGGCCAAGGUGGCCGCUCUGAGGACCGAGCUGGAGCAGCUGCAGGUGAAGGUGAUGCAGGGACGGGAGAAAUACCAGCAGAACUCCCAGUCCAGCACAGCUGUAUCCACCGUGCCCGUCUUUAGCAUCAACGACAAAUUCACCCUGUGCCAAGAGGAUGCCAGUUACAGCCUCACGCUGGAGGUGCAGACCGCCAUCGAUAACCUGCUGCUACAGAGCGAUGUUCCAAUAGAUUUGCUGGAUGUGGAUAAAAACUCAGCAGUCGUUAGUUUCAGCGAAUGUGAUUCAGAGCCAAAUGGAAAUUUCCUCCUGGCCACAUACAGAUGCCAGGCAAACACCACAAGGCUGGAAUUGAAGGUGAGGUCAAUUGAGGGUCAGUAUGGUACGCUUCAGGCCUACGUAACCCCACGGCUGCAGCCGAAAACCUGUCAGGUGCGUCAGUACCAGAUCAAACCACUCUCGCUCCACCAGAGGACCCACAGCAUCGAUCACAGCAGGCCCAUGAACACCUUGAGGCUGGUGGGGCAGUUCAGUUUUGCAGAGAUCCACUCAUGGGUCGUGUUCUGCCUGCCUGAGGUGCCUGAGAAAACCCCAGCAGGAGAAAACAUCACCUUCUACUUUCAGAACACUUUCCUAGGAACACAGCUUGAGGCAAGCUACUGCAAAGGUGAAGGGAACUUUAAAUCGGAUAACAUUUCAACUAUAUCCAUCCUCAAGGAUGUUCUCUCUAAGGAGGCCACCAAGCGCAAAAUCAAUCUAAACAUUUCUUACGAAGUGAAUGAAGAUUCUGUGAGCCAUACACUGAAGAUGAUUCAUCCUAAGCUUGAGUAUCAGCUCUUGUUGGCCAAAAAGGUUCAGCUUAUUGAUGCUUUGAAGGAGCUGCAAGUGCAUGAAGGAAAUGCAGAUUUUCUGAUUCCCGAGUAUCGCAAUAUACUCGACGAGUCUGCUCGUCUGUUAGAAGAAUACAAAAAACAGCCAGCACAUCUGGAAAGGUUAUACGGUAUGAUAACCGACCUCUUCAUCGACAAGUUCAAAUUCAAAGGGCAGAACGUCAAGACAAAGGUUUCACAGCUCCUUGAAAUAUUAGACAACUAUGAUCUGAACUCCCUGGUGGACUUUUUCAAUGAUGCUUAAUUUAAAACUCCAAUGACCGUUAUUUAUUUACUUGUAAUAUUUUUAGUUUAUGAUAUAGAUUUGUCCAGAGGUGGACAAAGUACCCAACUUCAUUACUUAAGUCAAAGUACAGAUCCCACUGGUUCAAUGUUACUCUGAUACAAGUGAAAGUUGUCCAGUCAAAUUUUUACUUAAGUUGAAGUACUUGCUUUCAAAAAUACUUAAGUAUUAAAAGUACAUUUUCCGUCAACGCAUCGUUGUAUUAUUGCCACAGCGCUGACAAAACCUAGUUACCAAAGACAGAAAUGUGAAUUCAGAAAAUGAACGCAUGCUGUGCCAUCAUGGUGGUUUAACGUUAAGCUAGCCAGUCAGUGAAGCUCCACCUGACAUGCUAGCAAACUCUUUUCAAACUCGAAAUCAUAUUGGGUAGCUAACGCUACUAGAAAAGCAACAUCUCUACAUUCUGUUUAUUUGGAAAGAUUAUGCUAAAACAUAUUUCUGGAAGGACUUCAGAUAAGUUAACGUUAUUCAUAUUGGCAUAACUCUGUUUUUACAUGCUAACUAACAGUGUCCAAGUUAACUAGCUAUGUGGACAAGGCGAUGGCGACUUGGCGGGCAAAUCCAUAGAAAAUCAUCUGACUAACCAGACUACAUAGCUAUUGCAAUGUUAUUGCUAGCUCUAAAAGCACAAACAACUUCACUACAAGUUUUCUCUUGGAAUAAAACGUUUAUAUACCUCAAUAUCCUUCUGCAGGUUGGGCGGCGAGUUUUUAUAGGCCGUGAUGUGGUUUGUUUUCGGCAAACAUUUAAAACGAAAUGAAUCUUUAAUCCUUUCAGAAAACUGAGACAUGGGUUCAUGGGCCAUGAGUGUGUGCAUUCUCCAGAAGAACCACCUUCUUCCAUUCUGCCAUCAACUGAUUUUUGUUCAAAUAACGCUGCUGAGAAAUAAUUGAACUUGAUUUUAUACAGUCUAUGGACGUGACGUGACCCUAGUGAUUACUGAUGGGCUGUCUCAGUGUCACCUGCGAAAAAACCAAUCACGUUUUAGAAAAGAAAAGAAAAAAACAUCCACUUUCAGAGUUGCGUCAUAGGAACGAGUAACGGGGACCUUGAUAGAAAUGUAGUGGAGUGAAACAUAUUUGCCUUUCAAAUGUAGUGAAAUUAAAGUCAUAAGUUUCCAAAAAAAAAUAAUACUCAAGUAAGGCCACACCAAUUCAAUUAGUUGGUUCUCGGAAUCGCCGCUUGAAGAAAAUGCAAAAUGAAAAAAAUAAAAUCGAAAUCGACUGCAGGUUGAGGUCACGUGACGUCGAAAACCAAUCAAAUCGCCCCUUUCACUUUAGAUAAAGACUUGUGGAAGAAACGUGGCUGUGGAGGGGAAUCCUGCAAAGCCUGUUUGUGAUUGUUAGGAUAUUCAGCGAACAUAAACGUAAAAUCUUUGACAGGUGUGUCGAAAUUCAAGAGGGGGAAAACUUUGCACAGUUGUACUCAAGAUGCCGUGAGCUUGUUACCCUGCGAUGUGCCAACUUGGACUACAACUCUGUGGAGGUGGGUUUGAUUUAUAUAUUUCAUUGAUUGAUGUGAGGGGCAAACAAAAAAUCAUUCGAAGUAUUUAGCCAUCAGAAGUAGCCUACUCCUGGCCAAAUCUUUUUUCUGUGCAUUGUAGAUGUUCAAUUGACUGUAAUUCAAUAGUUUAUUUAGCCUCUCUGUUUACUGGUGUGCCUGAUAAAAGACGUGCAGCCAGAGCUAGCCCUUAAUGCAUAUGGGUGGAAAUAAGAUAAGCUAUUAAAAGAGCCAUAUGAAAUGUGUAACAAUAAUGCAUUGUCUUUGUUUUGUUUCUCUAUUAUGAAAGCCCUCUAUUUCCACCGCUAAUUUUACCAUCAGAGCAUUUUUUAAAUUUUAUUUUUAUUUCACGCACUCUCUUCAUAUUUUUCCUGAAAAAAUCCGAGAACCAAUUAAUUAAAUUGGUGUGGCCUAAAGUACAGAUACUCAAAGUGUACUUAAGUACUGAAGUAAGUGUACUUUGUUACUGUCCACCUCUGGAUUUGUCUGAUUAUUUAUUUCUAGUACCUAAACACUUUCACAUACCAAAGUACAGAAGCCAUACAGAGACUGAUCAAUACAUCAUUUAAUGCAGUGACUCUGCAUUAAAUUGGUUCUCUUCUUAUCUAUCUGACAGACAACAAUAUGUAACAAUCAACAACACUAAAUCUAUGUUUAAAACAGUACAAUGCGGAGUACCACAGGGAUCAAUUUUAGGACCUUUCCUAUUUCUAAUGUACAUCAAUAACCUUGCAUUCAUUGCAGUCAUCUUCUUUAUCUUAUUUGCAGAUGACUCCAAUCUUUUCCUUUCGCACUCAAAUUUUAAUACUUUAAUAAAAUUAGCUAAUCAAGAAUUAGAAAAAGUUAUCUGGUUCGAGGUUAACAAAUUAUCUAUAAAUGCCAAAAAAACCUACUUUAUUUUCUGUAAUAAAAAUAAAACCUACAAUAGAAAUAACGCAAAAAUCUUUCUAAAAAGUAUGCCCCUUUCUCAAGAGUGUCAAGCUAAAUUCUUAGGUGUAAUAAUAGAUGACAAACUGACUUGGAAACCACAUAUAGCCAUGUUAUGUAAAAAAAAAAAUCUAAAACUAUUGGACUUAUGGGAAAAAUCUAACAUCUUAUUCAACAAACCAGUAUCACCAUAUAUAAUAGCUUAAUAUACCCAUAUCUGACCUACGGAAAUAUUGUAUGGGGAUGUGCCUACAAAACUACACUACAGCCCCUAAUUCUACUCCAAAAAAGAUUUGCUCGUAUGGCCACCGGAUCCAGUUUUUAUGCCCAUUCUUUACCUCUAUUUACGAAGCUUAAGAUUUUAAAUAUUUUUGAUAUCAAUAGACUUCAGUUAAAUAUCUUCACUUUCCAAUUUCUUAGACGUUCUUUUCCAGACACGUUUGAUAAUUUUCUAAAUCUUAAUUCCCAAUUUCAUGCUUACCAAACUCGACAAAGCGACCAACUACAUAUCCCUCUAGUGCGAACAUCCUUAGGCUAAAAGAGUGUACAAUACAAAUGUGUAAUUGAAUGGAAUAACCUCCCCCUCCACCUUAAAAGUUUUACAUCCAUGAUUAGUUUUAAACGUAAUCUCAGAAACCACCUAUUUUCAUUCCCCAGCCACACCUGACCUUUAUCUUUAAUUAAAGCUCAGUCUCGGAUCAAAUUGUAAAAUAUUACACUACGCCAUGCACCAGGCUUCUGUUAUUAGUACAAUAUUUUUUUCACCAUUUGAAAUCAAUUAAUUAUACUUUUUUUAUUUUAUGUAUAGAUCCUAGGUUACAUUUUUAUUCAUUUCUUAUUUUCACUCAUUAAUUUAUAUUUUAUCUGCAAUUGAUAUUUUGUUUAUAUCUUUUAUUUCAGUUAUGAUAUCAGUUAUAGUUUAAUGUAUAAUUUCAUAUGUUAACAAUAUAAUUAAUAUCAUUAUUUGUCAUUAUUUACUAUUGUUAAUUUUGUUAUUUUCUAAUUUGUCAAAUUUGUAUUAAUUAUUUGUUAAUUUAAAUGGGGGAAGACUUAGAACAAAGCCAUCGAGGCUUUUCUUCUUCCCCCAGCACGUUUUCUGUUUCUGUUCCAUUUAUGGUUGGUUUUUUUUUUUUUUUUUUGUAAAUUUCUUCUAUCAUGUGCAAAUAAAUAAAAUCAAAUCAUCAAAUAGUGCUGUGUUAUGUAAUGAUAAUUAAAUACCACUUCUGUGCUACUUUUCUGUGAAUUUAUAUUUGUACUCGAA